CGGAUUGUCCUUAGUCUCCACUGAGACGCCACACGGCGCAGUCGAACGCGCGGAUUUUGGUGCUCUGUGUAAAUUUCUCUCUCAACAAUCUGGUGUAUUGUGAAAGGUCAUUAAAAGCGUAUACAUCGCGAACACAUACAACAAACCGAUCAACAACUAAAUUAACGUUGUUUCCAUCAGAGUGUAAAUAAAAUUGCUCGAUCGGAUCGAUCGAUCUUUGUAAAUUGAUCUGAUUUAUCGGUUUGAAAUAACCGUGCAAAAUGAUGCACACUAUGAGCGAACACACUGGUGGAGCUGGAGGGCUGGGUGUCAGCGUGCUUCCCUUCGAUGGCAUGGGUUUGUUUGAACAACAACGGCCCAGGUUCCUCUUCAAGAUGCCCAAGGUUGUGCCGAAUCAGAAGGCCAAAUUCGAAACGGAGGAACUGUUCAGGAGAUUGAGUCGCGAAAGCGAGGUCAGAUACACUGGAUACCGAGAUAGACCAGUCGAAGAACGUCAGGUACGCUUUCAAAAUGGCUGUCGGGAAGGUUAUACGGAGAUCGCGUUCGCCGCGACUGGAACAAACCUCCAGCUCGUUUUUGGCAAUGCAUCUGGAAAUUACGGCGGUGACAUCAACGACUGCGAUUUUGAAAAAGAACGGGGCAAGGUACAUCUCAGGUCUCGCUUAAUAAUGAACGGUGUGUGCGUGAUGUGGCGUGGAUGGAUAGACCUGGAGAGGUUGGACGGUGUUGGAUGUCUGGAGUACGACGAGAAACGCGCCGCUGAAGAAGACGCUCUUCUUCGCGACCAAUUAGAACGUUAUAACCAACGAGUACGCGAUUUCGACGAGAAACAAAGGGCGUACAGAAGUGGAGCUACUCAACCACCUCACUUGAAUCAUCAUCACCAUCAUCAUCACCAUCACCACGGUCAUCACAGCCACCACGUGGCCGGAAGUGGCUCUGGAACCAGCGGAACCAUCGAGCCUCAUCUUACCCACCGACAAGAUCCCGAGAUGGAAGUCAGAUUGAGGGCCUACUGAGGCUCCGAGAAAGUGACCAACGAAACCACUUGAUUCCUCUUCGAUUUGGAAUUACUUCCGGAUCGCCCUCGAGCCAACCGAACACUGGUGGGAGAAACGAGAGACGAAAGAUCUCUUGGGAGGAAUGUGGCUAACGGUUUGAUACGCGUUCGUAAGGUAUUCACGUUGUUUGGAGUGUAAUUGCACGAGAUUGAGAAUCGCGAGAUGCUGGUAGAGAUUUGUUUGUGGUGAUUUACUGUUUUCGACCUGCACUCAAUAUUUUUCAGCCUAUUGGAUUUGAGUAAUUUUUCGGAACAAUGGAAUUUUUACUUUUAGUCGAACAUUUCUAAGGCGUCGAAUUAAGUUAUUUCUUUGGAAAUAAUGCGUGUCGAUACUUUUGACUUUUCGUAGAAAACUUCUUGCGUUUCUCGAAACUCCUGACAAUUCUCGUCACCAGAUUUUUCCCACUGUUGAUGACGUAUCAUUUCCGACAACUUUAAUAAUCGACAGACAUCAAUCUACGAUCAGGAUCAUUAGGUUAAGUGACACGCGUUUAUCUAUCUUGUUAAUAUCGUUCAAGAAGAGAUUCUUGAGAAACACGCACAUCAAGUUGCUGUUUCUGGAGGAUCUCUAGGGGGUCGGUAAAAUCUCAUAGAUUAAUUCUGCAAUCGAAUUUUAUUUAAAAUUAUUACAGUUAGUUACAUUAAUUACAGAAUACUAACGACGAGAAUCGUGUAUUGAUUCGAAUCACGAAUGAAAAUCGAUCUUUGUUAUACUCAUCUAUCUUCGAAUUUCCAACAUGCCAUCGCAAGUAUUGCAGUCCACGCAACAAGACCGAAUUUCUAUGUACAAUUAACGAUAAUAAGAACUAUUAUUAUCGUCGUAUAACACUUAAGCAAUAUGUUUGUUUUAACAUUUUUCUCUCCGUUGUUUAUUUUAUUAAACUUUGAUAAUGAUCAGUUAUAUCGUUACGUUCGAUAUUAUUUUAUUGCAAUGGAAGAAGAGAGUUGUGUAAUUAUUAUUGCAAAAUUGAGAUUUUUAUUCGAUCUUAUGUACAUACGAUGAUAAUGUGUAUUUUCUUCCUUUCUUUCCUUGUUGAUGUGUUGUUUAGCCGCAGGGAUUGAAAUUCAUUCAUGAAUUAAGUAAGGUCAAGAUUUUAAAAAUGCGGAAUGAGGAAGAUUAUAUACAGAGGAGAGAAACUUUACGAUUGUUUCUGUUCUAUCGUAUUUGCCAGGCCAUGCAACGAAGUUUACGCGUACCUUUUAUCUUCUGUCCUUACCAAUGAAGAUUUUUCCAGCGGGGAAAAAUAGUAUAAAUGGCGUCGCAUGCGAAACCUCGAGUCUUUGCUCCGAUUAACAUAUCAAUGUAGAAUGCACGACCGAUGCGGAUAUUCAUCCAUUUACAGAAUCAGCAUUUAUUGAACUUUUAUAUUUACUUACAUUUUCUUUUGCUUCGUGAUUUCAUUUUAAGUCAGAAAAUCAACGAACAAAAAAUGGACGUAUUUUUUUCAUAUCUUCUCUUCUAUUUUCAAUUUAAAAGAUGUACAUUACUCAGAGCUGGAAAGAAGACUAUAGCAGGUGGGUAUAGGGGCAAGAGGAAUAUUUCGUCGACACCACUCAUCAGGCAGUAUAAUUAAAAGAUGUGUUCAUUUCGGUCAAAAAUAUUUAUACUACAGUAGAAAAUGCGAAUGCAUUGGGAUCAAGCCGUUCCAAUCACCUUCUUUUCAGCUUUACACAGCAGAAAUAUUUUAGUUUUCAAUUUCUAUUCCAAACACGUUGAAGAAAUGCUGUUGAAGAUAUCCAAGUACGACUGCGAUAGCCGAAUCGUUCGUGUUUUCUCAACAUCGCAAAACAUACGAGAUAUCACUAGUAUUCCUAUUUCGAUGUCACUAGCGUUUUUAUUAUGCAAAUGCAAACAGCGAACAUGUCACUCUUCCACGUCAGUAUUCGAAUUACAGCAAAAUAUUUUCAAUUUUUAUCAGAAAUGAACAUACGAUUUUGAUCUCCAGUCUUCCCAACGAGUAACGAAUCUUUUAUUGGUGGAAGGGCGAUGAAACGAAAAGCAAAUGUCACGUGCUGGAAUUCUGGAGGGAAAGAGAUGAUCGAGCAGUGCGUCAUGUCCAGCAAGGAGUGUGAUUCACAAGAGAAUUCUCUUGGAAGUGAACAUUUGACGAGUCGUCGACCGACAUUUCGUUUCGUAUGCGUCGAAUAUACACGCGAACCGUCACGAUCUUUCCGUUGCAUUGUACAUAUUUGUAAAGAGUUAGGUUAAUUUAUAGCGGCGGCUUCGUGCUCCCUUUUGGGUCGUGUUCACCACGAUGCGACGCGGCAUCGUGAAUCACGCUGGGGAAAACCCAGAAGUGACGAGCGACCGUGUGGAAAUCGCGCUCCGAUCUUUCACGCACCGAUUGUAUAAAGCUGUUUAUCGAUUAAACGUAAUUUUCGUCGAACAUUAA